AUGAGCCCCAUGAGGUUCCACUGUAAUUGCCCAGCUGGAUAUUUUGGCACCCUGUGUGACCUGGAUAUUAAUGAGUGUGAAGUUUCACCUUGCCUUCACGAGGCCGUCUGUAUCAACGAACCUGGAGGCUUCAAGUGUGUCUGUCGCCCUGGAAACGCAGGGACGUGGUGUGAACUGAGCGUAGACGAGUGUGUGUCGAACCCGUGCCAAAACGACGGGAGCUGUGUGGAUGGUCCCAAUCGAUACCAAUGCUUAUGUGCUGGAGGCUUCAUGGGUUUCCAUUGCGAGACCAACUUUGAUGAAUGCAUGUCGGGCCCCUGUCUUCACGGGAGGUGCAUUGAUGGAGUGGAUGUGUAUUACUGUCAGUGUGAAUUGGGAUGGACUGGUGCCAGAUGUGAAAUGAACAUUGAUGAGUGUAGUUCCAGUCCGUGUCUGAAUGGUGGCUCCUGUGUGGACUUGAUUGAUAAAUAUGCGUGUUUCUGCCUGGAUGGAUACACUGGAAAGAACUGUGACAUUGACAUAGACGUCUGUCUCGAAACCCCCACCAAUGUCACCCUGUGUUUAAAUGGAGGGACUUGUCUCGAUGGCCAAGGCUCCAAUUUCACCUGCAGUUGUCCAGCAGGUUUCAUAGGGGACUUCUGUGAGAUGGACGUUAAUGAAUGCUGUUCAGAUCCAUGUCUCCACGGGGCUAUCUGCCGAGACCUGCUUAACGGAUACCUCUGUCACUGCAGGGCAGGUUGGACAGGCCUUCACUGUGAGUUGGACAUUAAUGAGUGCCUUCCGCAGCCCUGCAACCAAGGGAUGUGCAUCCAGAACGAGCCUGGCUACGGCUACACCUGUUUCUGUCGUCCUGGAUUUGUGGGGAGGAACUGUGAGCACAAUUACGAUGACUGCCUGCUCCAGCCGUGUCCGGGAGGAUCCUCCUGUGUUGAUGGUAUCAACGAGGUCAGCUGUCAGCCAGUCGAGGGAGACAUGUCCUCUGUGCCCUGGGAGCCUUCUAUGACACAAACCCCUCGGGGAUCCCUGCUCACCACGUCACCAAUGUCACUGUACAGUGAACAACCAACAGACUCCAGCUACGUCCAGUACUCUGGUAAUUCCUACUUGGAGUUUGAGGGCAUAGACCUUGGUGCCAACAACAACAUCACUGUGAGGUUUCAGACCCAGGAGGCCCAGGGGACCAUCCUGUACGUUGACCAAGGAGCAGUGGCCAGGGGCUUCUUUUUCAUGAAACUCUUCAUCCAGGAGGGAAUGCUACAGUAUGUCUUCUCCUGUAACCGAGAGGAAGGGAUCAGAAGGAUCAAUACAUCCAUCCGUGUUGACGACGGCAAUCCAUACAUCGUCUACGUCAGACAACACCUGGCACCAUGCGAAGCGGAGGUGGUCGUGUCUGGGUAUGAGAGAGUCAGAAGCCAGCCCAGCAACUACUGGUCAGGACUCACCAUACAGAGAACGAGCCAUCUGUUUAUAGGGGGCUUGCCUCGUCGAUACCUGCCAUAUCAGGGAGCCCAACCCUUCUCCAACUACACCGGCUGCGUAGAAAUAAUUGAAAUUAAUAAGCUGCGGGGAUUCUACACAUCCAGUGCCGUUGCCGGCAGCAACGUAGACAACUGCAGGUCCCCACCAGGUACCCCAGAUGCCUUCACUAGAAGUCCAUAUGAUUGGACCACCAUAUCCACCACUCUCCGCCCCUGGCAACUGGCUCCUACCAGUCCCUGGCAACCGGCUCCCUCCAGUCCCUGGCAACCGGCUCCCUCCAGUCCCUGGCAACCAAGACCAGUUCCUACCAGUCCCUGGCAACCAAGACCAGCUCCUACCCGUCCCAGGCAACCAAGUCCAGUUCCUACCCGUCCCAGGCAACCAAGUCCAGUUCCUACCCGUCCCAGGCAACCAAGUCCAGUUCCUACCCGUCCCAGGCAACCAAGUCCAGUUCCUACCCGUCCCAGGCAACCAAGUCCAGUUCCUACCAGUCCCAGGCAACAAAGUCCAAUUCCUACCCGUCCCAGGCAACCAAGUCCAGUUCCUACCCGUCCCAGGCAACCAAGUCCAGUUCCUACCCGUCCCAGGCAACCAAGUCCAGUUCCUACCCGUCCCAGGCAACCAAGUCCAGUUCCUACCAGUCCCAGGCAACCAAGUCCAGUUCCUACCCGUCCCAGGCAACCAAGUCCAGUUCCUACCCGUCCCUGGCAACCAAGUCCAGUUCCUACCAGUCCUUGGCAACCAAGUCCAGUUCCUACCCGUCCCUGGCAACCAGCUCCCACACGUCCCUGGCAACCAGCGCCUACCCGGCACUGGCAAACAGCCACUACCCGCCCUCGGCCACCACUACCAGCUCUUACUCGUCCCUGGCAACCAGCUCCUACCCAUUCCCCACCACCAGCCCCUACCCAGCCACCAACAGCUCCCAUGCAGCCACCACCACCACCAGUCUGCCAUGCUGCCCUCUGUCUUAACGGUGGGACCUGCCAUGAGCUGCAGAGGCCCAGUGGAGCUCUGUCCUUCUACUGCGACUGCCCCCUACACUUCACUGGACGCUUCUGUGAGAAAGAUACCACAAUAUUCAUCCCCUCUUUCAACGGCACGUCGUACCUGGAGCUGCCUCCCCUUGGCUCUCUGCUGCAGGCUCCUGGUGCCAGCGCGGAUCCCUCUCACCCUGCCAAAGACACCACUGUUACCCUUUAUCUGACUGUCAAAACCAGAGCUACACAGGGCACCAUCCUCUACACUCGGGAAGAGAAUUUAGGAGAUCGGUUUCUCCACGUGUUGCUCCAGGAUGGGAUCCCUGUGGUAAAACUGGGAUGUAGUGGUGUCCAGGUGUUGAAUGCAGACGCAGGCCAAACCAUCAACACUAACAGGCAGACAUCCAUCAGAAUACGCUCACUGGUCUACACCACAGGAACAAAUAGCUCAUUGGACUACACCACAGGAACUAAUAUCUCACUGGACUACACCACAGGAACUAAUAGUAUCUCAAAGGUCUACACCACAGGAACAAAUAGUAUCUCAAAGGACUACACCACAGGAACUAAUAGCUCACUGGACUACACCACAGGAACUAAUAGCUCACUGGACUACACCAUAGGAACUAAUAGUAUCUCAAAGGUCUAUACCACAGGAACAAAUAGUAUCUCAAAGGACUACACCACAGGAACUAAUAGCUCACUGGUCUACACCACAGGAACUAAUAGCUCACUGGACUACACCACGGGAACUAAUAGCUCACUGGUCUACACCACAGGAACUAAUAGUAUCUCAAAGGACUACACCACAGAAACUAAUAGCUCACUGGUCUACACCACAGGAACUAAUAGCUCACUGGACUACACCACGGGAACUAAUAGCUCACUGUUCUACACCACAAGAACAAAUAGUAUCUCAAAGGUCUACACCACAGGAACUAAUAGCUCACUGGACUACACCACGGGAACUAAUAGCUCACUGGACUACACCACAGGAACUAAUAGCUCACUGGACUACACCACAUGA